AUGGGCAUGAACUCGACGAAUGUCGAGGCUCCAGCGGGCGUCGUCAAGUACCGUCUAGUGGAGGCUGAGGAGGUGAGUGAUAAGCCGCACGGUACAUCUACCUCACGCGCUGUCAAACCCAAGCGCAAAGGAAAACUAAAUUGGUCGCAAUUUCCGAUGGAGGGCGAGGACAAUGUAGUGGCACCUGAAGGUCACAAAGUGCAAGAGAAUACAUUGGUGACUUCUCAAUCAAAUGAUCGAACACGUGGAUGGCAACAAAAGGGCCGUCGUGGAUAUCGUAGCAAUGGGCGCUUCAGCGGACGGCGUCACUAUGGAGGUAACAAUGGAAGCUACGUCAAUGGCGUGUAUGUACCAACGCCCGAUGUCCAAGUGACAGCUCAAUGGGCUAAGAGUCAAAUUGAAUUUUAUUUCACGUCGGACAAUUUAGUCCGCGAUAUCUUUUUACGUCAGCACAUGGAUGUAGAUGGAUACGUUCCACUUGCAUUUGUGGGUAGUUUUCAGGCAGUCUACUCUGUCCACCAGGACUACGAGUCUCUUCUUGAAGCUAUGAAGCACUCUGACACAAUCGAGCUGGACGAGAAAAAUGAAAAAAUUCGUCUUCGUACGGAUUGGCAAAAGUGGGUGUGGCCAAAUGCCAAGGGAGGAUACGGUGUGCCGCGAUAUAUCAAGCAAACGGAAAGUGAUUCACCUGGUGAUAAAAGGAUGGCCUAG